AUGUGGCUAACUCAAAAUAGUAUCAAAUUUUCAGAACGACAAAAGGAGAAAAUUGAUCCUUUAUUUGAUUGGGUGGAAUCAAAUUUUGGUGUUAAGCCUGCUGUGUACUCAAGUUUUUUUGGUGGGAAGCAGGAGGAUAAUCUCGUGAAUGCCAUAGAAAGCCUUCUAAAGAACACCAAUGACUCUGAAUUGGCAGCAAUUGAUGCAAUAGCUGUGGCUACACACUCCUUGGUUAUUGCUGUUGGAAUCUUUCGUGGAAAAUUGCAGAUUGAGGAAGUGAUUGAGUUGAUUAGACUUGAAGAAGAUCUGCAGGUUGAAAAGUGGGGCUUGGUUGAAAGUGGUCAUGAUGUCGAUAUUGCUGAUCUCAAGGUACAAAUCUCAUCUGCUGUUGUAUUCCUCGGGCUUUCCAGGAAGUUAUGA